UAUUUGGGAGUUGGAAUGUGGGUCAGUGGACUUUCACUGAUUUCAUGGCACCCCUUCAGUCGGUUAGCGCCACUCACCAUGUCUACAAAUCCUUUCACGUUUUGUGCUGCAAUAAUCGCAUUGUCGGCGUUUUUUCUGUUUCACGCGCCGCCUGCUGUGUCUGGGAAUGACGUACAAAAAGGAAGACAGGUGGGCAUGGACAUAGGAAUGCUAGAGGAUGAAGAUCUUGUUAAUGCCUGGUGUCAAUUCUGCUAUUGUGGCCUGGCAAAUAAGAUGACCCGUAUAGUGGGUGGAUGGGCGACAGAAAUCAACGCCUAUCCUUGGAUGGUGGGCCUGGCUGUCAAAGGCCGUCUGUUUUGCGGAGGAACUCUUAUAAGUGAUCUCCACGUCAUCACCGCUGCUCACUGUGUGCUAAACAUUGCUCCGGAUAGAUUGUACAUACUGAUUUCGGAGCACAACGUGGCAACACGUGAUGAGCUGACAACGGAGGUGCGCCGCGUUGCAAAGGUGACAAUUCAUCCACAAUUUGGCAACACUGUCAAGUACAACAAUGACAUAGCCAUCAUCAAGCUAGAUGCACGGGUCAUGUUCAGAUCUGCCGCUCAGCCAGCUUGCUUGCCUCCAAAAGAUCUGGAGCUAGGAGGGUCGACAGGGAAAGUGAUUGGGUGGGGAGCGGUGAAGGAGGGCGGUCAUGCGGCCACCGAACUCAUGGAAACGGAUGUCACGGUUUUCAGCGACGAAGAGUGCAAAGCCACGCCUCAGUUCCCAGUCAAAGGCAUCACCUCCAACAUGUUCUGCGCUGGGCAUAAGGGCGGCGGACAUGAUUCAUGUCAGGGUGAUAGUGGUGGACCUAUCCUUGUAACUGAUUCCAGAGGAAGAUACACCAUUGCCGGCAUCGUUUCAUGGGGUGUUGGCUGUGCACGACCCAAUAAACCAGGAGUCUAUACGAAAGUUGGAAACUACAUUGAUUGGAUCUCAAAUGUCACAUCAGAUGGCUGCUUCUGUUUCUAGACACUCCCAUCUUUUUAAUCAUUAUCAAAUGUCAAAUAUUGACAUUACAUCACCACUUCACUCUAUUUAUUUCAUACUCAUGAUUCAAUUUUAUGUAUAUUAUUUAUUAUAUCCACCAUUCAUCCGCAAGAAAAAUUCAAAUACAUAGAAACGCUAU